AUGCCGAACUGGAGGGAAGAAUACCUCUCAUCUCUCCAGGAUGUGGAAAUCAAGAGUCCGGUCAACAUGGAGCUCGUCCAAGCCUGCUCGCAGAUGGCAGAUCGGAUAGCCGCCCUCGAGGCCGAAAGAGCUGCGCUGGAAUCGCAAAUAACAAACGCCACCACGACCAGCAGCGCCGCAAAUCGAAAGGCUUCUGUCGGCAACUCGACGCCAUCAGACGACCCAGGCGUUGCACAGCUGCGGCUCGACCUUGCCGAAUCGCUUCGUUCAAAGGGCGUCGCAGAGACCCGCCUGCGUACCGCCGAGGAGGAGCUCGCGAAGCUGCGGUCCAAGACGAAAGAGGACACGCGGUCCGUCCGAGACCUGACGGCCGACCGCGCGAGCCUCAAGAUGAGAUUAAAGGACCAGGAGCACGAGCUCAGGGAACAGAGGAAGCUGCUCGAGCAAGUGCAGGACGAGAUGAUUACGCUUAACUUGCAAGUCUCCAUCGCCGAGAAAGAGCGCGACAAGGCGAAAAAGGAAAACAAGGAGCUUGUCGACAGGUGGAUGAAGCGCAUGGCACAGGAGGCCGACGCCAUGAACCUGGCAAACGAGCCACUUUUCGACAAGACCCGCUGA